CAGUUAUAAUGGUAUCAUCAAAGCAUUGUUUUCAAGAAUAAAGAAAAGCAGUUUUAGCAGGAUUCAUAUGUUAAAGUUAAAGUGAAUGCCAAAAUGUUAAUUUUGCUAAUUUUCUUUGUAUUUAGUGAAACAGUUUCGCUUUCAGAGUAUAGAUCUGUUUCUUCAGUUGGAAACCAAACAGUUGGAAACCUGACAGAUGGGAACCUAACAUCUGGAAAUUUUACAGCUGGCAACCUGACAGCUGGAAACCUGUCAGCUGGACACCUGACAGCUGGAAACCUGUCAGUUGACAAAUUGACAAUUGACAACCUCACAGUUGGAAAUUUGUCAGUAGAAAACCUGACAGCUGUAAACCAUAAAAAUCUACUUAUUAAAAAUGGCAAUGUAGAAAUCCCUGGACAAGCCGCUAAAAUAGUUACAAUUGGUUUCCCAGUGAUUAAAAGCCCCCAGGUUGUUUCAGUUCCAACAGCAGGCCUUCAGACUGGCCUGCAGGUCAACAACCUGCAGACAGGAGUUCAAUCAGUUCCUGGACUUAACAUGGUUGGGUUUCAGACUUAUUCUGAUCAACAGGCAGGACUUAAAGUACUUGACACUCAACCAGUAACCAGCAACAUAGAUACUGGUGAGGUAAAUGCCAUCCAAGGAGUACAAAAUACUGGCAUCCAAUACCCAGUUGGUUUUCAACCAGUAAGCUUACAUACAUCUGGCAUUCAACCAUCGUUUCCGACAAGACUUUCUACAGCUGUGAUGCCAGUCAGCUUCCAACAAACUGGACUCCAGGUCGUUGCACAAACAGCUGAUCUACCACACCCUGUUCUACAAACAGCUGGUUUACCACUAACUAUUUUACAAACAGCUGGUUUACCAUACACUGUUUUACAAACAGCUGGUUUACCACAAACUGUUCUUCAAACAGCUAAUUCACCACAAACUGUUUUACAAACAGCUGGUUCUAGUGCACCACAAACUGUUUUACAAACAGCUGGUUUACCACAAGAUGGUUUACAAACACCUAGUGCACUACAGUCUGUUUUACAAACAGCUGUUUUACCACAAGUUAGUCUACUAACAGCAGAUAUACCACAAGUUGAUCUACAGACAGCUAGUGCACCACAAACUGGUUUAAAAACAUUUGAUUCUCCACAAACGCCAUCACUUGAUUUUAAACCACCUGCUCAUAAAAAAUCUAGACUAGAAGAUUCUGAGCAAGAGCAAAACAAUAGGAAAAGUAUGAUGAAAUCGGAUCAAGUGAAUUUUAUCCCAAAGAAUUUUUCUUCCGCAGGAGAGAAAACAGAUGAAGAGAAACAGGAAAGACAGAGGAAACAGGAAAAUUUCUCCGAAACAGGGACAUCUGUUAAGGGAAAUGAUACAAAAGGAGAACAGGAAGAGUAUACUCAACCCCUUAAAAGUCUACCUAAAGCUAAUCUACCUACCACGAAUCAACCUGAACUUAGUCUACCUACCACAAAUCUACCCGUAUUUAACAGGAUGUUGAUCGGUAAUAAUGUGGAUGAAGUGGUUGAUGGUAAAUUUAUCAUUUCAAACGAAACCUCAAACGAAACCACACCAGAACCUAGUAUUUUAAAAGAAUCUAAAACUGAGAUUGCUGACGAUACUUCUCCAAUAAUGACUACAACUGAACCUGAUGAAAACGUAACCAAAUCUGCUCCUGGAAAUACAACUGGAGAUACCACUAACACAGAAGAAGGAAGAAAUGAAGAAGACGAAAAUGGAUUUCCUCUUCUUGACACAGAAGGUUCUAAGUUCGAUGUAGAAAAGAAAGAAACAAAGGAGGAAACCAAUGAUGAUGGAAAUGAUCAAGGAGAAAUGGAGAAAGAAAUUCCGAAGGAACAGGUUGAACAAAAUUUGGAUACAGCAGAAACUGAGAAAGAAAGUUCUGAUAACGAAAAAGAAGAAGAAAAAACUGAAAAAGAUGGAAAAGAGACACAAAGUUUAGAUCCGAAUGAAAAGACAAAAGAAAGUAAAAAAGAGGAAGAAAAGAACAGAGCAAGUUCUGAUCCCAAUAAAAACGAGAAAGAAAGUUUGAAUCCUAAAAAAAACGAGAAAGAAAGUUCUGAUCCCAAAAAAGACGAGAAAGAAAGUUCAGAUCCAAAUGAAAUAGAGAAAGAAAGUUCUGAUCCCAAUAAAAAUGAGAGAGAUAGUUCUGAUGCCAAUGAAGACAAGAAAGAAAGUUCUGAUACCAAUAAAAACGAGAAAGAAAGUUUUGGUCCCAACAAAGACGAUAAAGAAAAUUCUGAUCCCAAUAAAGACGAUAAAGAAAGUUCUGAUCCAAAUCAAGAAAAGAAAGAAAGUUCUGGUCCUAAUAAAGACAAUAUAAAAAGUUCUGAUCCCAAUAAAGACGAGAAAGAAAGAAUAAAUCCUAAUGAAAACGAGAAAGAAAGAAAUCCUUACAAAAAAGAAAAAGACAAAGACAGCAAAAUUUCGGAUAUAGACAAAAAGAAGGAAGAAACUCCUAAGAAAAACCAGAUUGAAAAUACUGAUGAAAAAGAGAAAGAAAAUGAAAGUGAAAAAGAACAAGGAAAGAAAAAGAACAACGACGAAAAAUCCGGAAAUAAGAAAAAACAAACAUCAGAAAAAGAUGAAGAAAGCAUACUGCCUAAUGUGAAAAAAGACGAUCAGAAAGAUAAAAAUAAAUCUAACAAAAAUAAAAGUGGUAAUUUUGACUUUGAAAUUGAUAAUAAGAUUAUUCGAAGAUCAGGAAACAAAAAGAAGAUCGAAGAAAAAAACCCAGGAAAAGUUAAAGUCGGCACAAAGAAGAAUGAUAAUUUGGCGAUGUUUCUAAAUUUAGACUCCAAGUUAGAAACUGCUACUGAUAUAGGAAAAAGUAAAUCUAAAUCUGCAGAUGAUUCCAAUUUGAUGAUUAAAAACAAGCAGAUAAAAAGAACUAGAAACAAGAGAAACAGCAAUAGAUACAUUUGAACUCUGUUUUAUAAAAUGAUAUAUCUAAAAAUAAUAUUUAACAUACUAAAA